CAUGAGGUUGGUCUAGUUGGCAGGAAAGUGGGGAAAUUCUGGCGAUGAUUAGGACAUGUCCGGAGCGAGAUGCUUGUGAGAUGUGAUGUAGCGCCAUCCCGAUAUAACGGCCGCGCAUAUCACAACCACAUUAUGCGGUUUAAUAUUUCAACGUUUGAUAUUCGAUGUUGGGUGUAAAGUGGCACGUGAAAACCAGCUGACUUCUCCUGCUUACCUUGAAGUCGCAGGGCGUAUAGGACUAUAGGUGACACUUCAGCUGGUUUCUGUUGUGUCAAGAUGAGGCUACUCGUACAUUCAGCGAGGCAGGUUGUUACCAUAACGAAUGAAGAUGUGUUCUACCUGUCUGGGAGAGCCAUGAAAAGUGUCGAAGUUUUGCAGAACAAUGAUGACGGUGUGGCUGUUGCGAUAGACGAUGAUGGUUACAUUGCAGCUGUUGGAAGUACACAGUAUGUCAGAAGGUUGUGGAAGGAUGAUGACUUCGAGAAAAUUAUUGAUGCCACAGGGAAAUGUGUGCUUCCAGGCUUUGUGGAUGCCCACACACAUCCUGUGUGGGCUGGUGAUCGUGUGCAUGAAUUUGCAAUGAAGUUAGCUGGUGCUUCAUACUUAGAAAUUCACAGUGCUGGAGGUGGUAUAUUCUUCACUGUUGACAGCACAGUGAAAUGCAGUUCAGAAGAAUUAUACCAGAGUCUGAAGGAUCGUUUAAUAAAAAUGCUGAAAGCUGGUACCACCACAGUGGAAUGUAAGACUGGCUAUGGUUUAGAAACAAAAGCCGAAAUGAAGCUAUUGCAAGUUCUUCAGCGGGCCAAAGAAGAGUUACCAAUUGAGAUCUCCCUUACAUACUGUGGAGCACAUGCUGUCCCAAAAGGGAAAACCCCAGAAGAAGCUACAGAAAUUAUCAUACGGGACCAAAUACCAAGACUUAAAAAUAUGAUGGACCAGAAAUUGCUGUCUGUGGAGAACAUUGAUGUCUUUUGUGAAAAAGGUAUAUUUGAUACAGAACAAAGUAGAAGAAUCCUACAAGCUGGAAAGGAAAUUGAGCUCAGAAUAAAUUUCCAUGGUGAUGAAUUAAAUCCUAUGAAGAGUGCCGAGAUGGGUGCAGAACUCAAUGCCACUGCCAUAAGCCACUUAGAAAUGGUCAGCAAAAAAGGAAUAGAGGACAUGGCAGUCUCAGGGACAGUGGCAGUUAUGCUUCCAACCACCGCCUACCUCAUGAAACUUAAACCUCCACCUGUACACGAGUUCAUUGAAGCUGGAGUACCGGUAGCAAUUGGUUCUGAUUUUAAUCCCAAUGUGCAUUGUCUAGCCAUGCCCACAGUAAUGAACCUGGCUUGCACAAUGUUUGGAAUGAGCAUGCCUGAAGCUCUCAUUGCUGCAACUUUGAAUGCUGCUGCUUCACUUGGAAGAGGAAGCACCCAUGGAGCUAUUCAGAAAGGGAGAGUUGGUGAUCUUGUCAUCAUAAAUGCUAAUAAAUGGGAACACAUUAUUUAUCAGCUUGGGUCCCAUCAGCAUCUGAUCGACAUUGUGGUGAAGAAGGGGAAAAUUGUAUACAGGUCUACCACAGACUAUUAAACAUUUUGAAAUACUGUGUAACUAAAGAGAUUUCUUGAACAUUUCAUAA